CUCGAAGCUCGCUCAUCCAUGGCGGUGGAGACCUCGCCGGCAUUCUUCGAUCGGGAGCUCCCCACUAAACCCUAGGGAAUUACUUGUGAUUUGGAGCACAAAUCGCUCGCUGAGAUGGAGGGAGAGAUCACGCCGACAUCGACGACGCCGAGCUCGUGCUGCUCCUUCGAUUACCUCUUGUUCCGCGGCGAUCAGUCUUUCCAGAUCCAGAAGCGGCGGCUCCUCCGAGAGAUCGAUGAGAUGAAUUGCCGCUACGAAGAGUGCUUCCACAGCGCUCAGCUCAUGAUGGCCGAGAUCGAUCUCCUCCGCAACGAGAACCGCCGACUCGCCGCCGAGAACCUCGAGUUUCUCUUCCUCAUUGAGGAGCUGGAAGCCGCCGAGACUAAAGCAGUCUCGGAUCCCGAUCACACGCCGGAGGCCGAGAAGAAAGAAGGGGAUAAGAAUGAGAUCGAGGGCAAUGAUCAGAAACCAACGCCGCCACCGAUCUCCAUCAACGGGAAAGGUGAAUCCAGGGGAGGAACUCCAAAGAGCAUCUCGAUCCGAUCUAGCGGAUUCCUCACCGUGAAAAGCACGCCACUGAGCUCUCGUAAGGCCGGAUCCGGUGCCCGAUCCGGCUCCGGCGACGCGAAUCGAACUCAUCGCCUCCGCCUCCCAGUCUCGCCCAUCCAGGGCGGCGACGCUGAAACAGGGGAGGAAACCAGUGGAGAAGUGGAGCUCGAUGUGUUCGACCAGGGAACAGUGAAGACCGAGCUGUGCAACAAGUGGGGCGAGAUGGGCUAUUGUCCGUACGGUACACGGUGCCAAUUCGCUCAUGGGCUCGGUGAGCUUCGCCCGGUGAUCCGUCACCCUCGGUACAAGACCCAGCUCUGCCGCAUGCUCACCUCCCCGGACGGCUCCGGCUGCCCCUACGGCCACCGCUGCCACUUCCGCCACUCCCUUCCUAAAGCCCUCUGA